CUAAUAUAAAUAUAUUAUAUAUAUAUAUUUAUAAGAAAAGAGAAAGAGAAAGGGAUUAUUAGGGCAUGUGUGUGCACUACACUUUUUUAUAUUUUCUUUUUUAAUUAAUUUUGGACUUGUAUGUGUGUGUGUUUGCCUUCCUAUAUUUAAGUGUUUGUGUUCUCCAUUUUCCCAUUCUUGAAAAACCUUCGUUUGUUCUUCUCUUUGUUCUUUUCUCUUUCUAUAUACAUGAACCACUACUACUACUACUUAGUCCUCGGGAUCUGAUAAUCUGAUCUAUAGCACAAACAUUUAUAUAGUUAAGGUUUUUGAUCAUCAUACACUUCAAUUCCCGAGGUGAUCUGCUCCAUCACUUUUAAUUGGGUUUCUUUUUCUUUCUCUUGUUUGUUUCUUUUUUCUCUCUACUUUUCUUUUUGUCUCCUUUAUUAGUGGACUUUUGGUAGAAAAAAGUACUUACAAGAACUAAAGAUAGUGACGAAAUCCCAACACAAGAGCUUAAUCAAAAGGUGCCUUAUUACCAAGCUUGUCUCUAUAAGUUGAAUAUUUUUAUAUACAAUAAAAAUAUAUAUAUACAUACAUAUUAUCCACACACCCAGACAUAUCCAUAUACAUGUAUCAGAGCUUCGAUUCUACCAGAUCUGAGGAAACCUAGUUGUCUGCGACAGAGAUUUUGUUUACUUUGGAUCAACUUCUCUAAUCCGUACAAUACAAGAUUAUUGCAAUCUAGCUUCAAGGGUGUAAGUAGAUUAUUAUUGGGUGAAAUUUGAAAGAGCUAGAGAUCAAGAGUAGUAUGAAUACAUUUUCACAUGUACCACCGGGUUUCAGAUUCCAUCCCACAGAUGAGGAACUUGUGGAUUAUUACCUCAGAAAAAAGAUUGCUUCUAAAAGAAUAGAUCUCGAUGUUAUCAAAGAUGUUGAUCUUUACAAGAUUGAGCCAUGGGAUCUUCAAGAAUUGUGCAAAUUAGGAAGUGAAGAGCAAAAUGAAUGGUACUUUUUUAGCCACAAAGAUAAGAAAUACCCAACGGGAACAAGGACAAAUAGAGCUACGAAGGCAGGGUUCUGGAAAGCAACAGGAAGAGACAAGGCCAUAUAUGCGAGGCACAGCCUGAUUGGGAUGAGAAAGACUUUGGUGUUUUAUAAAGGCCGAGCUCCUAAUGGUCAGAAGUCUGACUGGAUCAUGCAUGAGUAUCGACUUGAGACCAACGAAAAUGGAACUUCUCAGGAAGAAGGAUGGGUUGUGUGUAGGGUUUUCAAGAAGAGAAUGGCCACCGUGAGAAAAGCCGGCGACUACGAUUCUCCACCGUGUUGGUACGAUGAUCAAGUUUCCUUCAUGCCAACGGAGCUCGAAUCGCCAAUGAGAUCAGUCUCUCAUCACAAUCAUCAUCAUAAUCAUCAAGCAUUCACAUCAUCAUUCCACCAAAAUCACUACCCUAAUAACAAUUGCAAACAAGAGUUGGAGCUUCAUCAGUUCAACAUGCCUAGGGCAACCUUAGUAGGAGAUCCAUUUUUCCAACUCCCUCAGCUAGAGAGCCCCAAGCUCCCCAGUACUAGCACUACUACUCAUGCCGAAGAUCAUCAAUCCUGUUUGAUGAUGAUGAGUAAUGGAUCUGUGUUUAGCAACGAAUUACAAGCUGUUGAUCAACUCAUGAUGAUGACUAAUAAUGCUUCUAAUAAUAACAAUAAUAAUGGGAGUAGUACUACGGAUUGGAGGGUUCUUGAUAAGCUUGUUGCUUCUCAACUCGGUCAUCAUGAUGAAGAUCAACAACUAACAACUGCUGCUGCUGCAGGUGCGGGUGCACCGGUCUUCCAUGUGCCUCAUCAACUGGUGAUCAACAAUUUGCUGGGCGGUGAUGGUGAUGAUCAUCUUGAACAACGACUACUGUAGUUGUUGGAGCUGAUCAAAAGGUCAGAAAUUAUUCCACGCGACUCAGCCACGUACUACUUGCCACACUGAUCUCUGUGGAAGAUAUAUUAAACAUUAUUAUUAUUAUAUAUAUAUAUAAUUCAAAUACAGUAAUUAGCUAGAUAUGAUAUAUUGAUACAUAUAUAUAUAUAUUAUAUAUAUACUUAACUUAGGAGUUUAUUAUAAGUAAAGAGAAGAAGAAAGGAUGGUACUAUUACUAUAUAUAUAUAUAUAUUGUUUUAUGGCCUGUACAUAAUAAGAUGGAAUACCUCUCUACCUACGUACGAACAUUGCAUUAUGAGCAAUUCGACUUUUGGGGGCCUUUUUGUGAAAUAUUUGAGAGGACUAGUAAAUCUAGAAACCAAUAUAUUUGAAUAUAUGUAUUUAUAUAUAUACAUAAAUCUUUAAUAAAUAAUGUUGAUACUUUUUGUUUCUUUCUUUUGGAGCUAUCUGUUGCUGUUCAAUAUAAAUACACGUAACCUUAAUAUACAUGUAAAGAUUCAUAUCAUGGUAUGUUCUACAUGGAGAGUAUAUAGCAUUUAUAUAUAUUUUUAUUAUAAGUUCAUGUUUUGAAUGGAAAAUGUGACUUUGUUUCUUAAAGUACUUCAGCUACGUGUGUAUUUAAUCUUCCGAAAUUGUACUUUAAUUCCAAUGAAACCCAAUGCCUAGAACUAUCAUGAAUGUUUGAAGUUUUGAAGUUUCAUUUAUUGCCGAAUCGGUACAAAUUAGUUUAUUGUUUGGCAACCAAUAAUACUUAUAUUUGGAUAAAUUAACCGAGAGUGUGAAUUCGAAAGGAGAGUUAAUUGGUUCAAUAAUGUAAUCCCACAUAUUACUAAUCAUUAAUCAAAUUUCAUUUCUCAUAUGCACUAGUGUUCAAUCCGCGGCUUCAAAAAAACAUAGCUUAUUACAUUGCAUUAUCAUUAUUAUUAUUAUCAUUAAUUUUAAAAAAUAUAUAUUCUUAAUUUUUCUGAUUUUUGAAUGUAAACAUGUG